AUGUGGGUGUCCAAUGAUGUCACUGGCCAUGCCACAAACAAUUUUUGGCGCUCCCUGGAAGGUGUGACCAUCACCGCUCCACGCACGAUGUGGGCUGUCUCACAGGCCAGUCCCUUACGGCGUUCCGUGAUUGGGGGCGAACUCUGGUUGUCGCAUGAUGUCGGCUACUCCUCUGGAGGCUUCAUCAGCGAUGUGAAGAUCGGCAAGAGCUUGGUCAUGGGCACGCAGCAGCAGUGGUUCGCGCGGCAGAUGACCAUGCCCCCCGGAGGACUGGAAUGUUGGCAAGGAUGGAACUACAUCUUCAUGGGCGUCGAAGGCAUAGAUGUGGAGAUGGGCUACAAGUGUAACAAGGGAACACUCAACAAGGUCUCCAUCAUGGACCGGACAGCGCGAUCCGCGGAGAAGCCCUACAUUGUGUGGGAGGGCUCCGAAUGGAUGAUCCACGUACCGAAGGUGGUGCAUCAGCCGGAGCCGGGCUAUAUCCAGGAUCGCGAAGGCCAGAUUGGCUGGAAGUUGAGCUUCAGAGAGGUCUUUGUGGCUGAUCCCCAGAUGAGUACCGAUACGAUCCUCCAGGGCAUGCGCUACAAGGCUGCUUUGCUUUUGACUCCGGGGGAGUCUCCACCUGCCGAGAUCUAUGCCCUGACUCGAUCUUUAGAGGUCACAAAGGAUCGCUUCGUGGUGCUGGGCAUUGGUUUUCCGACCUUAGUUUCUCCGGUGGGACAGUCGUGUUUGAAGGUGCGUUCAGGCUUGACUGAUGUGAGAAUUGCCAGCAUCAUAUUUGAUGCUAAUACCCCCGUUUCGCAUGGCUACGCGGAACCUCUCCUGCAGUGGGGCGAUGCCACAAACCUCUUCGUCCGCCGGCAGCUCGAGGUCAGUGGCGUAGCCUCGGACAUUGUCGCGCGGAUCGGGGCCUUCGCUUACCUCAACUGCGAACUCAAACGGGCAGAUCAUAUGCUGGAGUUCAAUGAUGAUAGUUUGAUCAUUGACAACGUUUGGGUUUGGCACGCGGAUCACGAUGAUUGCUCCAACUUCGUGAUGGCUAAAGGCGCAGACAUGAUGGAUCACCAUUUCAAAUCCGACCAGUGCCAAAGUCAGCAUGGUAUUGUGGUGAAUGGGAACAACAUUGUCGCCUAUGGCGUGGCGGUGGAGCACAUUGAUGGUGGCCAUAUGCUGCUGUGGAACGGUGAAGCGGGCCAGCUCUAUUUUUUCCAGGCUGAGCUCCCGUACCAUUCCGAUCUUACCCUUCAGCGGCGUUACGCAGCCUAUGCUGUGGAUCGGAACAUCUACAGCCACUUUGCUCUGGGUUUGGGUGUCUACAUCAUCGGUGGAAAGCCCGCUUACGCUGCCUACUUGCUUUCAGAAUAUUGCGACCUGCGCAAUGUGGUUACGGUUGCGAUCGAUGCUUCUGAUGACUCCUUUCAUCACCAGGUGUGUCAAGAGAGCAUGGAAGGUGAACAGACGUGCUACAAGCCUCAGAACUGCUCGUGGAGUAGAUGUUGGAGACCUUGGGUCCCUUACGUGGACGCCCAUGCCCUCAAGCUUCGCGGAGCCACAUGGCCUUUGAUUCCUCCCACGGAGAAGUUGCCCGAGCCCAAGAUCCUGAAGCGCCUGCGACCGGAGGACAGAUAUCAAGUGAGCAGUUGGCAAUAUGCUGAUUAUCAGUUGGGCAGGGGAAAGAAAGGUGUUACCAGGAGCUGGAUCGGUCAAUUGCCCUGGUUGGCUCUUGUCGCGCUGAUCGCAUCUUUCUUCGGUUACUUUCUGUGCACCGGUCGAACGCGACAGCCAAGCGAGGCUGAUCGGAUACUCAGAGGUUAUGGCGAUGCCCUCGAAGGAACCGAAGCCAUGGACGACUCCCGAGAUUUCGAGCGGCUCCAAAUGGUGACCUAAAACCGGAAAUCAGGUAGCCCCAUGCAGAUAAAUGCUUGGACUGCGACGUUCACCCGGGGAUGCUGGGCGAUCAAACACACAAUUCCUUCCAUCAUUGUCCAUGCUUGGGAUGAAUGUGUACGUCGAUAUGCUAUG